CGAAUAGGUUCCAAAAAAUGCUUUUAAGAGGAAAAAAAAGGCUCUGACAAUCCCAGCUGAGCCACGCGAUCGUCAGAGCCUUUUUUUUUUAGUUUUAAAAGCAUUUUUUUUUCAACCUAUUCGGCCGAAUAGGUUGUAAAAAAAUGCUUUCAAAGUAAAAAAAAAAUCGUGCGGCACAUCUGAUUACCUCCCCACGCGCUGUUCUACUUACCCCAUGCCUCCUUUUAAUGUGCACUGCGCAUGUGUGCUCCUCGCAUUUGGUGCGUGGUGCGCACUACAUAUGCAUGCAAAUAGCACGCAUGCGCAGCCAGCGAACCGGUAGUAAACCGGUUCAGAUUUCAUCAUUGUGAAGCAUCCACGAUUUCUGAAGGCAAGCUAUUGCACUGGUUAAUUGUCCUCACUGUUAGGAAGUUUCUCCUUAAUUCCAGGUUGCUUCUCUCUUUGAUUAAUUUCCAACACCGUUUUUUCUCCUGCCGUCUGGGGCUUUUGAGAAUAAGUUGAGCCCCUCUUCUUUGUGGCAGCCCCUCAAAUACUGGAACAUCGCUAUCAUGUCUCCCCUAAUUCUUCUUUUUGUCAGACUAGUCCAGGGGUCUCCAACCUUGGGCCCUUUAAGACUUGUAGACUUCAACUCCCAGAGUUCCUCAGCCAGCUUUGAACUCUGGGAAUUGAAGUCCACAAGUCUUAAAAGAGCCAAGUUUGCAGACCCCUGGACUAGUCAAACCCAAUUCCUGCAACUGUUCUUCCUAUGUUUCCAUCACUAGGCCUUUAAUCGUCUUAGUUGCUCUUCCCCCACGCAUUUUCCCAAGGUCUCAACCUCUGUUUUGCGGUAGGGUGAGCAAAAUUGGUUGCAGUAUUCCAGGUGUGGUCUUACUAAGGUUUUAUAAAGCUGUACUAACACCUCACGAGAUCUUGAUUCUAUGCCUCUGUUUAUACAACCCAGGACUGUAUUAACCUUUUUGGCUGCUGCCGCACACGGCUGGCUCAUAUUCAAGUGAUCAUCCCACAUCCCAUGAUGUGGUUCCCAUUGGUUACUCUUCUGAAUGUUGUGCUACUCCCAGACUGUCUGAGCAAUCAGAAUAGCUGUCAGCAUGGAGCUUGCCAUCCAUCGGUCGGAGAUCUGCUUGUGGGACGCAGCCAACAGCUGACUGCUUCGUCCACAUGUGGACUGUUGGGCCCUCAGAAGUACUGCAUUGUGGGGUACCUCGAGGAUAAGAAGAAAUGUUUCACCUGCGAUUCCAGGCACCCCUAUCGCCCGCUUUUCCAAACCAACAGCCACUUGAUCGAAAACGUGGUCAACUAUUUGGAACGCGAUCGGAAGAAGUGGUGGCAGUCUGAAAAUGGUGUCGACCAUGUCAGUAUUCAGCUGGACUUGGAAAACAUGUUUCAGUUCAGUCAUCUUAUUCUGAUUUUCAAGACCUUUCGUCCUGCCGCCAUGUUGGUGGAGCGUUCUGCAGAUUACGGCCGAACCUGGAAGGUCUGUCGAUAUUUUGCACACAACUGUGCAACUGCUUUUCCUGGCGUUCCUUCAAGGCCACCCAAAACGUUUGGAGAGCUUAUUUGUGACUCCAAAUAUUCAGAUAUUGAACCGUCAACCAAAGGGGAAGUUAUUUUCAAAGUUCUGGAUCCCAGUUUUGAGAUAGAAAAUUCUUACGAUCCGCACAUCCAAGAGCUGGUUGCUUUUACAAAUCUGAGAAUCAACUUUACAAAGCUCCACAUGUUGGGCGAUACUUUACUUGGGGAAAAGAAACGGAAUCUUCUGGAAAAAUACUACUACGCGCUUUAUGAAAUGGUAGUUCAUGGGAGCUGCAUGUGCCAUGGCCACGCCAGCCACUGUGGACCUGGGGAAAAUCUGCGAGGGGACGUCUUCCACGAGCCUGGGAUGGUCCACGGAAACUGCCUUUGUGAACACAACACAGACGGUUUGUCCUGUGAACGAUGCAAAGAUUUCUACAACGACGUCCCUUGGAGGCCAGCUGAAGGAUCCCAGGAAAACACUUGCCGAAAAUGUGAAUGCAAUGGUCAUUCCGAGAGCUGCCACUUUGAUAUGGCCGUGUACCUUGCUAACAACCGCACCAGUGGCGGAGUUUGUGAAGACUGUCAGCACAACACAAUGGGGCAACACUGUGGACGGUGCAAGCCCUUUUUUUAUCAGGAUCCCCAGAAGGCCAUGGCAGAUCUUCAGGCGUGUAUCCCUUGUGACUGCGAUCCAGAAGGCACCCUGCAAAAUGGACUGUGCCAGGAUCAUUCAGAUCCGGUCCUUGGAACCAUUGCUGGCCAGUGUCGUUGCAAACCCAACGUCGAAGGAGUCCGUUGUGACAAGUGCAAGCCGCACUACUAUGGAAUAAAUGGAAGCGAUCCGCUUGGCUGUCAGACUUGCAGGUGUCACUCAGUGGGAAGUUUGCCUUUCUCUGUCUGCAACCCAGAAUCUGGAAAGUGUGCGUGUCAGGAAUUUGUCACCGGGCAGCAUUGCGAACAGUGUCUUGAGGGAUACUGGGGUCUUGGAAGUCACGUAUAUGGAUGCUCCCCAUGUGAUUGUGACAUUGGUGGCGCCUACGAUAAUUCGUGCUCACCUGCCGACGGACAGUGUGACUGCCGACCUAAUAUAGUAGGCCGACAAUGUAGUGAACCAGCUUUAGGCUACUUUUUCUUACCUUUGGAUUAUUAUAUAUAUGAAGCUGAAGAUUCAACGCCUCUCCUUGGACCGCUUCCUUUGGUUCAACCAACCUCCAUGCCACGCUGUGAUGUCUAUUAUAAGCAACAAGGCUACGACUUCACAAUUGAAAAUGGAAAAAUAGUCUUGAAGAAGAUGAAGAAAAGGGGCAACAGAAAACUGACAGCUGGACAAAAGCUGGUUCCAUUCAGCAGAAACCCGGCUCUGAAUAUUGUGAUUAAAGAGAUUGUGCCUGGAAAACCUGUGAUGUGGUCAGGACUGGGUUUCGUCCGUGUGCAAAGCAAAGCUGGCUUACGUUUUUUGAUCAACAAUAUUCCCUUUCUGAUGGACUUUAAUAUCAUCGUCCGUUAUGAGCCAGAGGCUUCAGCUGACUGGAGAGCAACCAUUGUUGUUAAGUCUUCUGGUCCUGAAGGGAGCGAACAUUGCAAGAACCGAGUUGCUCUGGAAGAACCACAGUUCCUUGAUCUGCCAUCCACAAGGAGAAUUCAGUUGCUGUCUACUCCGAUAUGCUUAGAACCAGAGAAAGAAUAUUUGGUAGAUGUCUAUUUUUCCAAGACUUCGGAUCCUGAACCGAAGUCUCAAUCCUCCAUGCUGGUUGAUUCAAUCGGACUCCUUCCUGCCAUCGCUUCUGUGGAAAACCUUUGCGAUCAAAACGAUUUAGAGGCAUUUCAGCGGUAUCGUUGCGUGGAAAGUGCCUCAGAGAUUGGACCUCACAUCUUACCGGACACCUGUGCAAAACUCAUUGCAAGUUUGUCUGCCCGGAUUCACAAUGGUGCCAUCCCCUGCAGGUGCCAUCCGCUAGGUGCUCUAAAUUCUCACUGCACAAAACUUGGAGGCCAGUGCCAAUGCAAACCCAACGUUGUAGGACGCUGUUGCGAUAAAUGCGCAGCCGGAAGUCACAGCUUCGGGCCCCAAGGUUGCCUUGCAUGUGAAUGCCAUCCUCAAGGAUCAGCAGGGACCCUGUGUGACCAGGUGACCGGACAGUGUUCUUGUCGACCGGAAGUCGCCGGCCAGCAGUGCAAUCAAUGCCUAGUUGGAUAUUUUGGGUUUCCUCACUGUCGUCCUUGUGCUUGCAACGGCUUCUCGGAACUUUGCGAUCCGCAGACUGGAGCGUGUUUGAACUGCACGAGGUUCACCACCGGCUCUAACUGUGAAAGGUGCUUGGAUGGGUAUUAUGGAAAUCCCCUGGGAAGAGAACCUUGUCGUCCAUGCAUGUGCCCAGAUGCCCCAACCAGCAAGAGAUAUUUUGCACAUUCCUGUUUCCAAGACCCUCGGACCAAGCGACUAAUCUGCAAAUGCUUUGUGGGCUAUUCAGGUGACCGCUGUGAUGAGUGCUCCAGUGGGUUCCAUGGAAACCCAAGCGUACCAGCAGGUCAAUGUCUUCCUUGUUUUUGCAAUAACAACACGGAUGUGACAGACCCAGAAUCUUGUAACAAGGACACUGGAGAGUGUUUAAAAUGCUUACACAACACUCAUGGGCCAAACUGCCAAUUUUGUAAACCUGGUUACUUUGGAUCAGCACUUCUGAGGAACUGUAGAAAAUGUGACUGCAACCUUUCGGGUGUGAACCCAACCAAAUGCCCACCUGGAAGUGACUUUUGCAUGUGUGACCAGACCACUGGCGAGUGCCCUUGCUCACCUCAUGUGAUAGGUGAGAAGUGCGACCGAUGUGCUCCUGGCUUCUGGAACAUGGCCAAGAGAAGAGGAUGCUGUCCCUGUAGUUGCCAUCCCAAACGUUCCAUGAACAACCUUUGUGAUCAGUUAACAGGCCAGUGUCCGUGUAAAGUAGGCUAUGCUGGAAAACGUUGCGACAUCUGUGCUGAAAGUCAUUACGGCAUCGAUUGUAUCGAAUGUAAGUGUAACAAGGAGGGCACUGUGACUCCCGCUUGCGAUAAAGACACUGGAGUGUGUCACUGCCGGACUGGGGUUACCGGAAAACACUGCGAUCAAUGUGCACGCAAUCACAAUCCAGAAUUUCCCUCUUGCUCUCGCUGUCACGUCUGUUUUGAUCAGUGGGACAAUAUCAUGAAUUCGUUGUCUCGGAGAAUUCAAAAAUGGUUGAAAUUUGCUGUAACGCUGGCGGAGAAGGGGAAAACCGCGCCAGGCUGCGAUUUCAACUUUCAAGGCUAUGAAAAUAAAAUUUCUGACUUAGAAAAGAUCUUGAACAGCCGGUUCCUGUUACCCGAGGCACUCUUGGAUAUUAAAAGAGUCCACGACAAUAUUAGCCAAACAGUUUCGCGCAUGUUUCUGCAACCUGGCCCACUGGAUCAGAUUCCGGAUUUCCGCAGCAUAAUUGAAAACUUGCAGAAGGACGUUGACAGUAUUGCUGAAACUCUGCAGAAGAGAACAGAGUUGCAUCGCAGGAUGCAUUACUCACAAUUCCAGGAUUUUUUCAGCAAAAUAAAAAAUUAUCAUCAAAUCGUGUUGGCUGCUGAGAAGAGAAUCAACGAAACGAGAUCCCUCCUAGUUCAUGGAGGAAAAAUAAGGAGCAACGCAUUUGCCCUGCUUAAUGAUCUGGACACCCAGGAAAAUGUUACGCUGAACCAUCUGAAGACGUUCACAAUUUCAGAAAUUGAAAAUAUCAAUGAAAAAGUAUGUGGGAUGCCAGGAAACAUCUCGUGUGCCGUAGCAGAGUGUGGCGGAGCUUUAUGUCAUGACAGUCAGGGCAAUAAACAUUGUGGUGGUCCAAACUGUGAUGGGGCAUACCCACUUUCUUCAAACACCUUUAGAAAAGCUGAUCACAUGGGCCUGCUGUUAAGUAACCUAACCAAUCAGACGCAAGGCUCUCAGAAUAAGAUCGAAAUUAUAAGGAAAAUGACUGAAGACGCUAAGGAGAAAACAUUGGCGAUUCAUGGAAAACUGGAGAAAAAUAAAUAUCAAAUCGAAAACGAAAGAGAAAGCAUGAAAGAGCUGAUCAAGAGACUAAGGAAUAUUUUGCUAGAGGAAAGUGCCCCACCGGAGGAUAUAGAAAAAGUUGCAAAUUAUGUUCUGGCCAUCAAGAUGCACGAGGGACCUCAGGAGCUGCCAGACCUGCUCAACAACCUCAAGAGUCUCGUGACACAUUGUGAGGACCACAUAGAAUAUACCAAAAACUUAAAGAAACGAAAGAAAGAGGCAGAGAAGCUUUUGAAGAAAGCUGAAGAAGCUGAGGAUAAAACAAAAGCUCUCGCCGCACCUGAUGAAAUGAUAACCCACCUGAAAGAAGUAGAAAAUACUCAGAGACGAACCCAAGAUGCCUUGGCAACUUUCAAUGAGAAAAUAGAAGACACCAUAACAAAUAUUUCAGAGGCUGAGAAACAAAUGAAGAAGGCUAACAUCGAGUUGCAGGCUUUCCCAGGAAAACAGUCCAAGCUGGCAGAUGAAAUAAGUUCCUUGAAGACCAAAAUGGAGAGGAACCAAAUCCAAGUCACAGAUGCAAGAUCAAAGGCAGAAGAAGCCCAAACUCAAGCAACAGCGAGUAAUAAGGAACUUGCUAAUCUUGAACACGAAUACAGCAACUUGCAGGACAAACUCCUGACCAGCGGGCUUUCGUUAGGAACCUUGGAGAAACUCAACUGGUUGAAAAAAGAGGCAGAAGAACUGGCUAAUGAGACCGCAGAGAAAGCAAAAAGAAUCACAGAUCUGGAAAAGAAGAUACAAGAUCUGAACCAGAUCACACAGCAAAAGGCUGAUGAGCUGAAGCAACUGGAGGACCAAGUUAUAGCUAUUAAAAAUGAGAUCGCUGAGGGUUCCAACAGAUACACUAUUUGUAAAAGUUAGACUCCAAGAAGAUGACAUUCUGUGGGAAAUCGCCGAAUACCUGUCUUUUAAAUGGUUUGUAAUAAUGAGGAGCAUUAGCUAAGCUACGUAGUUAUUAUAAUGCAAAGUUGGUACAGUAUAUACUGUAUACAGGUAGUCCUCGACAUACGACCACAAAGGAGCCCAACGUUGCUGUUGGUAAGCAAGACAUUUGUUGAGUGAAUUUUCACGAUCUUUCCUGCCACAGUUGUUAAGUGAAUCACUGCAGCUCUUAAGUUAGUUACACGGUUGUUAAGUGAAUCUGGCUUCCCUGUUGAUUUUGCUUGUCAGAAGGCCGCCAAAGGGGAUCAUGUGACCCCGGGAAACUGCCACUGUCAUAAAUAUGAGUCAGUUGUCAAACAGCUGGAUUUUGAUCAUGUGACCAUGGGGAUGCUGCAACCGUCGUAAGUGUGGAAAAACGGUCAUUAGUCACUUUUUUUUCAGUGUUGUUGUAACUUUGAACGAUCACUAAAUGAAUUGUUGUAUGUAGAGGACUAGCUGUACUUACUAGACGGUGUUCUGAGGUAAAUCUUACUCCCAUUUAUUCCGAAGCAUGUCUCUUUAAAUUCAAGGCCUCAUUCUAAGAGUAUAGAGUUAGUCCUCAACCUACAACCAUUCAUUUUGUGGCCAUUCAAUAUUGGGAUGAUCCAAGCGAGGGAGAGGAGGCACGUCUUGUUGAGUCUGUUUGGGAUGAGUUUGACCCUGUGGCUCCCGAGGACGUGGACAGGUUGUUGGGGAGGCUUCACGCCACUACAUGUUUACUGGACCCGUGUCCUUCCUGGCUGGUACUGGCCACUCAGGAGGUGACACGAGGCUGGCUCCAGAGGAUUAUCAAUGCUUCCUUGUUGGAAGGGGUCUUCCCUGCCGCCUUGAAAGAGGCGGUGGUGAGACCCCUCCUCAAGAAGCCCUCUUUGGACCCAGCUAUUUUGGGUAAUUAUCGUCCAGUCUCCAACCUUCGCUUUGUUGCGAAGGUUGUAGAGAGUGCUGUGGCGCGACAGCUACCCCAAUACCUGGAUGAAUCCGUCUAUCUAGACCCGUUCCAGUCCGGCUUCCGACCCGGAUACAGCACGGAGACAGCUUUGGUCGCAUUGGUGGAUGAUCUCUGGAGGGCCAGGGACAGGGGUUAUUCCUCUGCCCUGGUCCUAUUAGACCUCUCAGCGGCUUUUGAUACCAUCGACCAUGGUAUCUUGCUGCGCCG